ACCCCAGCAGGGCGAUCACACUGCAGGAACACAAAAACCUCUGAGAGGAGGAACCAAACACAAACAGGACCAACUGACCCAGAGCCCGUCACCAUGCAGAACAUGCAGGAGUUCAUCCCCUUCGCCAAAGAGAUGCUGAGCCAGAAGCCCAGCCGCGGCCUGCUGAAGGUCUACCUGGUCGGCUCGGUGUUCGCGGUGCUGGGGACGGUCAUCGGCCUGGUGGAGACCGUGUGCCAGCCCUUCACCUCCGGGGAGCCGCUGGACGCAGAGAUGAUCCUCCUGCUGGCCCGGGAGCAGAGGACUCUGGAGGCCGAGAUGGGCCGCAGGGCGCGGCGCCAGGAGGCCGAGGAGGAGGAGGAGAGGGAGGAGGAGCAGGAGGUGGAGGUCGCUGCUGACGGGGCCGCGGCAACGGCCGUCUCCAAGAAGCACGGAUUGGGCCAGAGGAACCUGGCCAACCGGCUGCACGCCUCCUAAGGCGGCGCCGCCCGGCGGACAUGCCCGGUAUUUAUUAGUGAACUGCUGCAUUUGCUGCCGCGGUGCGCAAAAACGCGCACAGUAAAAAGCUUGAGCAGACAGCUGAGAGAGACGUUCACUGUCCGAGCUGCCUGACGCGCUGUGCUGCUUAGUAAUGAUGCCUUCAAGUACUGUCGGAAAUGUCGCAGUGGCCCGCUGAGCGCACUUUAAAGCGUCACAAAGGGGCAGUAAAGGUGUUUCUAAUGCUGGAGUUGUGGAAAUGUGGUGUUUAGAUGGAGGAGAGCGGGAGGCCAUGUCAGUAACUGGUCAAGUGGUGUGAAGCUGAAAGAGCUUAUUUGUAACAGUGGUUCUGAGGGCUGUCAGUCCAUAACAGGAUGUGUGUCAAAUUAAGGCUCCAAACAUGAGAAUCUUCAAGAACUCUGACAUACAACAUCAUUUUAUUUUAUAUUAUUAUAUUAUUAUAUUAUUUAUAUGCCUGACACAUGUAUCAUAUUUUCCAUCCUGUCGCUGCAGCCUAAAGUUAAAAAAACAACAACAACUGAAAUAGCCACUGACUUUACCAUUACAUGGUACAUUUGUUAUUUUGUUUGACCAAAAGCACUUGAAUGUGUUUCAAGCGGGUCCAAAUCGUGUAGGAUGUUGAAGGUUGGAGUUUCGGAGGAGCACUUGAAGGCAGCACGGCUGCUGUGCUGCCUGCUGGAGAGUGUGCAGGAAGCUGCUGUGCACCUGACCUGCCGCUCCCACCCACUUUCUGCUGUCACUGUUCAACAAAGGGACUGUUUUUGUAAAUAAUGUGCCAUUGCUGUAAAUAAGAUGUUUUUCCAUAUCAAUAAAACAAUUUUAUUUAUACAA